AUGCGCGGUUUCAUUGUUUUCUGCUUGAUUGCUGUGGCUUGUGCCCAAGAAUCGGGUUACAACUAUCACCAAGGCUCACAUGCUGAUGGCAGUGGAAUCAGUGGAGGUAGUGGUGGACUCGUCGGCGGCAUGGAUGCACUCAGCGGAGGCAAUGGUGGACUUGGCGGAGGCAUGGGUGGACUUAGCGGAGGCAAUGGCGGAUUCAGCGGAGGCAGUGGUGAUCUCAGCGCAGGCAAUGAUGGCGUCAGCGCCGGUAAUAACUUCGAUGCUGCCUCUGCUCCCGCAGAAUUCGAAAAGGAAUUCAUCACCUUCUCCGCUGACGAAAGUGAAUUCGCCGAUCCCAAUGCCGCCGAAAAAGCUGCCAGCAGUGUGAAACAGGGUCUACGUGUUGUCUUCAUCAAGGGUCCCGAAAACAAGGGUCUCGAAGAUGCCGCCCUUGCCUUGGCCAAACAAGCGGCCAACCAAGAAACCGCCAUCUAUGUUCUCAACAAGCAAACCGAUAUCGGAGAUUUGGCCAACAAGCUCAAUGCCAUCAACAGCGCCAGCAGCAACAAACCCGAGGUGCACUUUGUCAAAUACCGCACCCCUGAAGACGCUGUCAAUGCCCAACGCACCAUCCAAGGUCAAUAUGAAUCUUUGGGCGGUGCUUCUCAAAGUGUUAAUGGUGGUGUUGCUCCCGUUCUCAACUUUGCUUCUCAAGCUGCAGCACGUGAGGCCACCCCACAAACACCACAGAGCUCCUACUUGCCAUCUUCGUUAUUCCGUAAGCGUUUGUAA